GCCUUUAACGAUCCAUCCCGCGAGCGUCAGUUACCGAGAUUACGCGGCGAGGAAAUAUCGCGAUAGCACGAGAUAGUUAGAACUCGCUCUCCUAUUGGUCCGACGAUCCUGUUGUAAGAUGGCGCCCUGCGAAAUAUGAGUAGUUGAGGAAAAAUAAAAGAUAACUAGUUAGCCAUCUAGAGAUAAUAAGUGGAAACGGAAGAAUACAGUAGCCGCGGGGGGACAAACGCCAGCAAGCUCUGCCCGUCCCUGUUAGUUGGAAGAGGAGCCCCCGUUUCGGCUCGUGCGCGGCUCGAGCCUCGGCCCCGUUUGAAGAGAGCUAGCUAGCUAACGCGCCUGCUAGCUUCGAAGAAGAAGACUCUGCCAAGCAGCGAUGAAUAACUCCCUGGAUGGAUCGGCCUCCUACGAGGAGCUCGUGAGGCAGAAAGCUCGGAGCAUCCCUCAGCACCGCAUGAAGGAGUUCCUGGAGUCCUUGGCCAGCAAGGGCCCAGAUGCCCUGCAGGAGUUCGGCCAGCAAGGCGGAGAUACUACAACCACCACUAUGGUCUACCAACAAGAGGCUAACUGCAUUUACACAGACAGCACGGAGGUGGCAGGGUCGUUGUUGGAGCUGGCUUGUCCGGUUCAGGUGCAAGUCCAGCCGCAGCAGCAACAGAUGCAUGAGUCCCAGCAGCAGUCUGUACAACAGAAUCAAGAGCAACAGAUAGUUCAGGUGCAGAUUCAGGGCCAGCAGCAAGGUCAAAUGCUGGGCCAGGUCCUCCAACUGCCCUCUGGCUCCCAUCAACAGCUGCAAGGUGUGACUACUGCCCAACUGAUUCAGCCUGGGGAACUCACGGAGGAGCAGCAUCAACAGCUGCAAGCCCAGUUGGUGGCAGCUGUUGCAGGAGGACAACAGAUCCAAAUCCAGACAGUGGGGGCCCUGUCUCCCACCCAGCAGCAGGACAAUAUCGAGAGGAGAGUACUGGGGACCACCGUUGCCACAUCACAGGGAGCAGGCGUCCUCCAGCCGGCCAAAAAGCGUAAAGUUGAUAUGCCCAUCACUGUGUCCUAUGCCCUGCCCGGUCAGCAAGUAGCCACGGUUCUGGCUAUCCCCCAGGGACAGGGCCAGCAGCAAAGUUACGUGUCCCUGCGGCCGGACCUCCUGACUGUGGACAGCUCCCACCUUUACAGCGCCACGGGCACCAUCACCAGUCCCACGGGCGAGACCUGGACAAUCCCGGUUUAUUCGGCUCCUGCCGGCUCCGGAGGCCGCGAGCAGGUCACGCACAUUGCCAUCCCACAGGAAGCCUACGGCACGGUGCAGCUUGCGGGGCCAAACGCCACAACGAUGAUGACGACGCAAGUUACCGUUGACAAUGACAAGCUGAAAAGUCAAAGUCAGACGGCGCAGGCCGUGUCCAGCAUCACGAGCUCCGGGGGAAUGGGAGGCCAGGAGGAAGUGGUGCACACGCUGGCUGCAAACACGCUGUUCCCCGCCCAGCUGAUGAAUGGAAACAUCCACAUCCCAGUGUCGGUGCAGGGCUACUCCAACACCACGCAGUCCCUUAUCUGGGAUCCACAGCAGCAGGUGCUGCACACACAGGGGCUGUCGGGGCAGGACGCACAGCACCUGCAGGUGCUAACGCAGGGUCAGACGUUGGUAACGGAGGUAGAUGGCCAAGGCCAGCAACAGGUGCACGUGCAAGAGCUGCUGCUGCCCGCCACUCUGAAGCCAGAAGAGGGGCUGGAAGUAUGGCGGCUCUGGGCUCAGCGGAAAAACCUUGAGUUGGAAAAAUCCGACACAAAUAAACUCGCUCCGAUUGGCCGACGCCAGGCUCUGCGCUUCCAGGAGGACUUGGUGUCGUGUGCGGUAGCCGAGCUCUGCAUGGGUCUCUCUUUGAUGACAACAGACGCUCGGGGGUUGGAAGAGGAGUCUUACGAGGCCGAUGUUCUCUACUAUGUAUUUCUGUGCAUACAAAAAUAUCUGUGCGAUAACGGCCGCGUGGACGACGUUUUCUCAGACCAGUACUACACUCGCUUCGCUCACAGUCUGCACCAGAUCCUGGAGCCUUGGAGGUCGUCGGUUCAUCCGCUGGGUUAUAUUAUUCCCAGUCACGUGACGGAGGAGAUGCUGUGGGAAUGUAAACAGCUGGGAGCUCAUUCUCCCUCCACGCUGCUCACAACUCUAAUGUUCUUCAACACCAAGUAUUUCCACCUGAAGACCGUGGACCAGCAUCUAAAAGUGGCCUUUUCCAAGGUGCUGAGACACACCAGGAAGAGUCCCAACAACCCCAAAGACAAGAGCACCAGCAUCCGGUACCUCAAGUCCACAGAGCGGUUCAUAGGCCAGAAGGUCACAGACGACAUGUACUCGGAGCAGCUGGAGGACCCGGAGAACCCGCUGCGAUGCCCCAUCAAGCUCUACGAUUUCUACCUCUUCAAAUGCCCGCAGAGCGCCAAAGGUCGCAACGACACCUUCUACCUGACCCCGGAGCCCGUGGUGGCUCCCAACAGCCCCAUCUGGUACUCCACUCAACCGACCACGAGGGAGCAGCUGGAGCAGAUGCUCGCCCGCAUCCUCGUCAUCCGUGAAAUCCAGGACGCUAUAAACAUGUCGGAGAGCGCGCACUAGUCGGACCGGACUCUUCCUCUUCACUCAGCCUUUCGAUUGCUCAUUAUCUCUUAUUUUCCUUCUUUUUUUUUUUAUCCUCUCACACCCUCUUGUGGUGGAUAAGGGUGGCGCAGGUGUAUAUGUUUAUAUUCAUAUUCAUUAUGUUCAUUCACGGACUGUACAUACACAACCAAUGCAGCAAAGAAUCUCUCGACCUCUUCAUCUUUCUAUUUUGUUUGGCCUUUUUAUUCCACCUGGACUUUUAAUUUAAAUGUUAUUUCAACUGUAUGUUCUCCUUUUUACCAAUAGUCUGGAGUCUUCAUUCCCCCCCUUCCCUCUUUUAGUUUUAAUCUUUUAAUAUAUAUAUUUUCACUGUGCCUAUGCUGCUUUUCAUAGACAUCCAGUGAAUACCUCAGUGGUACGAAGACGACAUUAAUUGGCCAAAUAUAGGUUUAAAAAAAAAAAAGCAAUUAUCUUUUUCCAACUUGUGUGAACUGUUCCCAUCUCCUCUGUAUUUCACUGCGCACACACACACACACACACGCGCGCGCUGAACUCCUGGAGAUGAUUCACUUGCUCUCGGACCGACUCGACGGCAUCAGCGCACGGGAUUUAUUGCAAUGCGGCGUCGGCCGCUCGCCCUGCAGCUACGGGCACUUGCCACACGGUGGCGGGAGAGAGCUGGACUGCUGCUGGAUCUGCUCCAGUCCAUCACAACCGUGCCCCCCCCCCCCCCCCCACCCACCCAAAAAACAAACUAUUGCCUAUUGUAUCAUACAUGUUUAUUACGCGACAGAUGAAAGACUCUUUAAGAAGUGGGAUAGCCCCCCUUUCAUGUUCUAUAAUGUAAAAUACUCAUAGCUCCUCCGUGUACUGUGAUGGGUUCCAGUCGUCUGAGGAGGACGGCAGUGCCUGUGUGUUUCUGAAACAUGACCUUUUUUUUGUACAGCCACUCUA